CCUUCGCACUCUGCGUCUAACCCAACUCCUAGUGUUUGAGCAGGGUGUCUCUUCGAAUGUAAAAUCUACUCUCUGCCUUCGACUUGUCCUGGAAGUUUCUGAGUCCUCGCCUCAUCGAUCGUCAAAUCACAACACACAGGCUCGCCAUGGUCAAGAUUGCAGUCGCUGGCUUCGGAGAGAUCGCGGGACAGAUCAUCAAGGCUGUACUUGCAGAUGGCCGUCAUGAGGUCACUAUUCUUGCUCGGAAAGAUGCUCCCAAAGACUUGGCAGCGGGCUUAAGCUGGGUUAAGGUGGAUUACUUGGACAAGCAGCAGCUAACCCAAGUCUUGCGAGGAAUGCACACUGUGCUGUCGUUCAUCACCGUCGUGAAGGACCUUGGAAACCGUGCCCAGAUCAACCUCAUUGACGCAUGCGUGGAGGUUGGUGUGAAAAGAUUCGCACCGAGCGAGUGGGCAUUCUAUCAGGUGGAUGCCUUCGCGAUGUAUCAAGGCAAGCGCACGAUUCGUCAAUAUUUAAAGGACUUGAAUAAGGACAGAAAGGUUCUAGAGUACUGUUUGUUUCUGCCAGGAGUAUUCAUGAAUUACCUUGGGCCACCUGAGAAAAUGAGCAAGGACGUUUCUUAUACUCAGAUGUUCUUGGACUUCGAGAAAUGCCGUGCUAUCCUCCCAGAAGGUCCCGAUGCAACAGUAUCUUUCACAGCCCUUGGAGAUAUAGCAAAAACUGUUUCAAAGGCUUUGGACUACGAGGGAGAAUGGCCUGUCAUGGGUGGAAUCUCCGGCAACAGGACCAAGAUUUCUGAGUUGCUUCGACUUGGAGAGAAGAUUCGAGGAAAGAAGUUUACUGUCGAAACAGUGAAGCUGGAGGACCUCAAUGCCAAUGACUACGUCACUUCGUGGAACCCAGUAACCCUUCAUCCAUCAGUCCCCGUGGAACAGCGCGAAAUGGUGGGUAGGGAGUUUGCGAGAUUAUCUCUUAUUGGCCUUUCUGAUGGGAUCUGGGAUAUAUCCAAUGAGUGGAACCAGCUAUUGCCGGACAACAAGUUUGUUACUCUUGAAGAGUUCCUCCGAGAGUCGUGGGGCAGUGCUACGGCUAAUUAAGGCGUUUAACGUU